AUGCAGCCAAUGGCUCAUCCCACUUCAAGCAUGGUGGUGCUGUUGCUUUCCCUGCUGCUAGCGUUUGCUGGCGCUGCACAAGCCACCGCGGAUAGCCUGCCAUCAUACCACUUUGGUGCACCCAUCCCAGUGGAGUGCUUGAACAGAAGCUCAGAAACCGGCGAACAUAUUGAGCUUCCAAACCAUGAGCUCCAAUGGAUUCCCUUCCCAACCUGUAACGAAACGGGCAAGUCCCUCGAGUUCAAUUAUGGCAUCGAGACGGAGCUCAACUGCACCAUCCCUAUGAUCACAGACCCAUUCUUCCACCUACUCGAGUUCUACAUACAUUCGGACGCGCCUCUGGCGUGCCGCCUGCCAUCCAGGCCGUGGCCGCACGUCGAGGCGGUGGGCGAGAAGCCCUUCAAGAUGGAGUACAUACCACUUGUCUUUGCGCUGGCUGGAACGCUGCAGCUGUCGCACCUGCACAUCAGUACGCACCUCAACGUACUGUUGCACAGCACGCCCAAGCACCAUAUCCACCCGCACGACAGCGGAGUGCUGGACUCCGGCGCCGCCUACAGCACCUCGCCGCUUAGCCACAUCACGGGUCCGGCUGCUCAGACCAGGCGUCUCGUUAUUGGCGACCCGCUGCCGCUCAGCUUUAGCGUGAGGUGGUUUCCGACCCCGGCCCUACCAAAAACGGAGGGCCAUGUCGAAUGGCAAGGCAUGGGAGGGCAUGUCUAUGCUAGCACUGUGUUUUAUGCCAUAUCUGCCUUCUUGGCGGGAAUGACAUGCUCCUGCGUCUAUUUCUGGGGCUACGUGCUGCCUCAGAGACUCCGUGGAAGAGCGCUGGGUGGAGCAACUCCGUUAGGCCAUGGGCUGAGCAAUGGUGUUGGUAAUGGUUGGGGUAUGGCUCCAAUCAAGAGGGCGAUAGACUAA